CCCCUCCAUCCACUAUUACUUUCUUUCCUUCUCUCUCCUCCCUCCACUUUCUCUUCCUUCUGUUCAUACUUCUUUUUAUCAUCCCUCAAAAUAUCUCACCAUGUCUCACUCCCACUCUCACGACAACGACGUCAGCCACUCCCACGAUGACUUCGGUGGUCACGGCCACUCCCACGAGAUCCUCGAUGGCCCCGGUUCAUACAUAAACCGCGAGAUGCCUCUCUCGGAGGAGCGUGACUGGAAGGACCGUGCCUUUACCAUUGGCAUUGGAGGACCCGUCGGAUCGGGCAAGACCGCCCUCAUGCUGGCCCUCUGCCAGGCCCUCCGCGACGAGUACAACAUCGCCGCCGUCACCAACGACAUCUUCACCAGAGAAGACGCCGAAUUCCUCACCCGCCACAAAGCCCUCUCCCCGUCCCGCAUCCGCGCCAUCGAAACCGGCGGCUGCCCUCACGCCGCCGUUCGCGAAGACAUCAGCGCCAACCUCCUGGCUCUGCAAUCCCUGCACAGGCAAUUCCAGACCGACCUCCUCCUCAUCGAAUCCGGAGGCGACAACCUCGCCGCUAACUACAGUCGCGAGCUGGCUGACUUCAUUAUCUACGUGAUUGAUGUCGCUGGUGGUGAUAAGGUGCCCCGCAAGGGUGGACCCGGUAUCACGGGCUCGGAUCUGCUGGUUGUGAACAAGAUCGAUCUUGCUGAGGCUGUCGGUGCGGAUUUGGCGGUUAUGGAGAGGGAUGCGGCUAAGAUGAGAGAGGGUGGACCGACGGUGUUUGCUGUGGUUAAGAGUGGGACGAGAGUCCAGGAUAUUGUUAAUCUGAUUCUGAGUGCUUGGAAGGCGAGCGGUGCGUAUGAACAUAGUUUGGCGAGGUGGAAGGCUGGUGCGAAGAGGGGGUCCGGGAGUGUGGAUGAUGCGUGAUAUGGUUUGAUGUUAUUUAUUACAUUAUAUAAAAGAGAAUUUCAGUUAUUUAUUUAUUUA